AUGAGUAAUAUCGAAGCUACAAUUAUUUGCAUAGAUAACAGCGAUUAUAAUAUGAACGAAGAUAUCGUUCCAAAUCGGUUUAUGUCCCAGAUUGACUGUGUAAAUAUACUAUGUUGUAACAAAACAAGUAUGCAUUAUAAAAAUAGUAUAGGAGUGUUAGUUAUGGCAGGGGAUGGAAUAAAAGUAAAAGUAUCAUUAACAAAUGAUAUUGGGCAACUAUUAUCUUGUAUUCAUGAUAUAAAAAUAGAUGGAUCAUGUGAUUUAAUCAGAAGUUUGCUUAUUGCACAAUUAGCAUUAAAACAUAGAGUUGAUAAAAAUUUAGAACAAAAAAUAAUUAUAUUUAUUGGAAGCCCUAUAGAAGUUAAUGAAAAACAAUUAAUAAAUACUGGGAAACAAUUAAAAAAAAAUAACAUAUCGAUUGAUAUAAUUAGUUAUGGAAAUAUAAAUAAAAAUAGGGAUAAAUUAAAUAAAUUAUUUGAAUCCACAAAUAAUAAUGGAAAUUGUAGAAUUAUUGAAUGCCCAGAAAAUGAAGAAAAUUUAAGCAAAUAUGUUUUGAAUAAAAUUUUAAACAAUAAUAACUUUAAUAUGAACAAUUUAGAUGAAGAUGCACAAUUAUUAACAGCAAUGGAAUUGUCUAUGGGUGCAUCUAAUAAUACAACAGGUGUUCCAAAUACACUUUCAAAUAAUAAUACACAAUCUGAUAAUAAUAAUAUAAAUUCAAGAAAAAACCUUAAUGAUUUACCAACUAUUCAAGAUAUUGAAAAUAUGAAAGACAUUGAUAACGAACUAAAGGAAGCCUUACUAUUGUCCUUAAGAGAAUACAAUGAAAAAAAUAAAACAGAUCCUGAAAAUCAAAAUGAAAAUAAUAAAAUAAAUUCAGAAUUAAAAAAUGAAGGAAAUGGAGAAAAUCUUACAAUAGUUAAUGAAGAAUAUAAAAAUAUUUUUGAUAAUGAAAAAACCGAUUUACAAACAAAACAAAUUGGAGAAAAAAAAGAAAACGAAAGUUAUGAAAAAGUUUUUAAAAUAUGUAAAGAUGAAAAUAUAGAAGAUGAUAAUAAUAAAUUUCAAAUAAAUCCAAAUAUUUAUAUUAAUACAGAAAAUAAUACUCAAAAUAUAAAUAAAGAAACAAAUGACGAUAAAAAUGAAUUUUCUAUUCAAGAUACAAAUUAUAUAUCCCAAAUCUUAGAAAAAAUACCAGGAAAUUCGACUAAUUUACUUGGAAAAAAAUCAGAUACCGAAAAAGAAAGUGACAAUAAUGAUGGUAAGUAA